GGAGCCCCAGAGUAUUAUAGGAAAUGUAGUUCCUAGUGGUGACUUUACAAGCUGUAGGGCGUUGCCAGGACUACAAGUCCCAGGGUGGGGACAGAGCUGUAAGGUGAGACUGGGUGUGCAGAUAGGCUCAGGAUCUGACUGCUCGGAGCAGAGUUCCUGCAUGUGAAACCCAUUCAGGAACAAAAUGAUAAGGACCCCAGUCACCUAGCAGCCACCCAAAAAGAAAAUACACCCCAUGCCAAAAUGCUCGUCUGAAAUCCAACUUUUACAGAAAGGAUGGCUGUUCCAUGUGCCAUAUUCCUGGGCAGGUUUAUAGCAGACACAGUAGGAGUAUCCAUUUUAUCUGUGGUGAAUGACUGCUGCAGUGAGAGAGAUUUAAAUGGCUCCUGUCCCAUAUCCCAUCGGUGCAGUCCAGGUUGCUUCAGACUCUGGUCAGAAGAUGGAAGCAGUACUUGCAUUAAAUGCAAAAAUGAGACCAGUCUGGGUUCUGAAGUCAUUCAUAAUGUGACAGAAUGCAGAAAUUUCAGCUCCAGUACACUGGACGUAAACUUGAAUGCCAGCAUCACUCCUUCUGUGUCCCACAAUCUUGGUAGUCCAGGAAUAGCUGCCUCUCUCCUGCUGGGCAUACUCUUCAUCAGUCUGUUCCUCAUUCUUUCAGUGGCCUCAUUUUUUUACCUCAAACGUUCACAAAAACUUCCUGAAAUUUUCUACAGAAGAAAUAAGGCAUCCAUCUUUCAACCCAGCGAAAUGGCUUCUAUGAUUCCAAAUCCCAACUCUUCAGUUCGAAAGCCAAGGUAUGUCCGCCGUGAGAGGACUCGUACAACAGCAGUGCCAGAAUCUUCAGUGGACACUCGAGUCAGCAAUGUUUAGUCUGUUGCUGUCAGCAGUGGUGGAAUCACAAAUCUGAACAUCAGAAAUACCGUGAAAACCUUGAAAAAGGUGUGAAGAAAUAUUAGAAUUUGUGUUAUCUUCUAGGUUUGGACUUGAGUUUUAUGAAGCACUGAACAGAGAACAAUAUUAUUUAUCCACUUGCAUCAAAAGGCAAACAGUUUUACAUGUAAUUGGCAAUUGUUGCAAAGAUCGAUAAGAACAAUGAAGGGAAUGUCACCGUAACUGUACAUCUAAUCUGACACGUUCAACUGUUUUAAUCCUCUUUUUGCUCAAUUCACUUUGUGGAACAAUGGACUUCAAAUCUUUCAUUUAUGCUUAUUUUUUUAUAAUUAGAUUGGUUUUUUUGUAUCUUCAGCAGCUUUAAUAAAUGAAGUAAUUUAAAACA